AUGGUCUCCAAAACAGAACCCCCAAAGCCAACCAAAGUAUGGGCAACUCUGGUGACAAACACCGACUACCUGAAAGGUGUUUUGACACUCAACCACCGUCUGCGUUGCGUUAAGUCAAAAUACCCGUUACUAGUCCUCUAUACGAGUACACUGUCUGAGGCUGGUCUUGGAGUUCUCAAGAAACGAAACAUCAGAACACUAGAAGUGCAACGCAUAUCGCCAACAACCUCGCAAGACUACCUUGAAGAUGUGCGAUUUUCAGAGUGCUGGACCAAACUAAUCGCUUUUUCGCUUACCGACUUCUCACGAAUCGUCCUUUUGGAUUCUGAUAUGUUGGUACUCCACAACAUAGAUGAGCUGAUGGACAUUGAGUUGGAUGCUCCCUCUGACGAAACUGGAGCCGUGGUUCAGGGCAACAGGCUCUUUGCUGCUUCCCAUGCAUGUACUUGCAAUCCACUUCGAAAAGCGCAUUAUCCAUCAGACUGGAUACCAGCAAACUGUUCGUUCACAACACAGCACGACAAGCCCGAGGUCGCUCAGACCCAUGGAGCUAGUCUAUCCACAGGUUUGGGUAAACUCAACAGUGGACUUCUGGUCAUCAACCCGUCCAAAAGCCUAUUCACUUCCAUUCUCGCCAAGAUGGAUGACCCGAGCUGCUCAGUGUACAAGUUCCCCGACCAAGAUCUUCUCGCAGACGUAUUCAAAGGCCGCUGGGUGGCUUUGCCAUAUAUCUAUAACGCGCUGAAGACCAUGCGUAAGCCGAGUGUCCAUGGCAAAAUCUGGCGCGAUGACCGAGUGAAGAAUGUUCACUACAUUCUGAGUCCCAAGCCUUGGGAUGAGUUGGGAGCUGACGGUUCAUGGGCUGGCGGACAGGAAAUUCACAAGUGGUGGCAUGAUGCUUACAGAUCUAUGCUUGCAGAGGAGAAGGCCCUGGGCUUGUUGUAA